UGUUGGCUAUUUCUUCUUCUGCUUCUGCUGCUGCUGCUAAGCUGUUUAUUAGCUUUAGCAGAGGUGGUGGGUUCAGGCCAAAACUCAUCACCCAAAUAUAGCCGCCAUGACUUCCCCUCCAACUUCGUCUUUGGUGCUGGAACUUCAGCUUAUCAGGUGGAAGGAGCAGCAGGAGAAGAUGGAAGAUCACCCAGUUCCUGGGAUAUCUAUACACAUCAAGGAAAGAUGCCUGAUAAGAGCACUGGAGAUGUAACUGUGGACCAAUACCACAAAUAUAAGGAAGAUGUGAAGCUCAUGAGUGAUAUUGGUCUAGAAGGCUACAGGUUCUCCAUAUCUUGGUCAAGACUUCUCCCAAAUGGGAGAGGGGCCAUUAAUCCAAAAGGCCUAGAGUAUUACAAUAAUCUGAUCAACGAACUGAUUAGACAUGGGGUUGCACCACAUGUUACACUCUACCAUUUGGAUUUUCCUCAAGUACUUGAAGAUGAAUAUGGAGGAUGGCUUAGCCCAAAGAUUGUGGAGGAUUUCACAGCCUAUGCAGAUGUAUGUUUUAGAGAGUUUGGAGAUAGGGUCUCCUACUGGACUACCAUCAAUGAACCCAAUGUCUUGGCUUUAUCAUCCUAUGACUUUGGAUUAUUUCCACCUCAAAGAUGCUCACCACAAUUUGGCAUCUUCUAUUGCUCUGGUGGAAACUCUUCUGUGGAGCCUUACACUGCACUGCAUCAUAUGUUGCUAGCACAUGCAUCAGUUGCUGCUCUGUACAAAGAAAAAUACAUAGCCAAGCAGAAAGGUUGGGUAGGCUUGAAUGUGUAUGCUUUCUGGUCUGACCCUUUCACAAACUCAACAGCUGAUGUUAAAGCAACCCAAAGAUCCUUGGAUUUCAUGGUUGGCUGGGUUAUCGAUCCCCUAAUAUUUGGAGACUACCCAAAGAUCAUGAAGAAGGCAGUUGGGUCAAGAUUACCAUCUUUCACCAAACGCGAGUCUGAACUAGUGAAAGGGUCAUCAGAUUUCUUUGGACUGAACCAUUACCUCACAGUUUAUGUUAAAGAUAACUCCAGCUAUCCUUAUGUAGGCCUUCCAGACUUCAAUAUCGACAUGGCAGUCCAAUAUUCAGUUUCCAGAGAUGUCGAUCCGUUUGUACCAGGCUCUGCAACACCCAGUACUCCAUCUGGCUUACGUAGUUUGCUCGAAUACUUAAAGAACUACUAUGGAAACCCUCCUGUCUAUGUUCAAGAAAAUGGUUAUAGAGCACCACAAAGCGAGAAAUUUAAUGACACAGACCGGAUUAAUUACAUAGAUGGAUACAUUGAAAGCAUGCUUGAUCCAAUAAGGAAUGGAUCAAACGUGAGAGGAUACUUUGUGUGGUCAUUCCUAGAUGUCUUUGAGUUUCUUAGUGGGUACGAGGCGCGCUAUGGACUGGUUCAUGUGGACUUCAAUGACAAGGAAUUGAAGAGACAGCCUAAGUUAUCUGCUCAAUGGUACUCUAAUUUCCUCAAGAAGAAAAGCAAGAGGAUAGAGUCCAAAAUCAAGGCUACAUCUCAUCCUUCUCAGUAGCUUUGAUUUAUGUUUCAUUGGAUUAUGAGUUCCUCAAUCUUCAUAGUAUUUCUAUGUCUUAAUUCACUUGCUAUUAUUUAUGAUUUCAAAGAACCAAAUUUACAGA